AUGCCGAGCCUGAGCUCCGGUUUCCUCAUGACUACGUGCUCUACAGCGGUGCCGAGAGGAAGAAGUUCCCCAGGCACUGCAAAGUGCCUCGCCAGAAUCUCGGCUUUCAAGGGCUUUGUCUCCUCCAUAAAGCAAGAGGCUCAGGAACCAGAGUUUUGGCCGCGAUCACCGGCCCUUCCGCGGAGCUGCAUCGUCAGACGCGUCGCAAGAGCAAGAAGAGCAGCCUGUCUUUCCCACCCCCAUGCUGCAGCAGCUGCUGGCAGUGCUGCUGCUGCUCAGCAGGCAGCAGCUGCUCCGCAGCAACCUGGAGUCAAUGACUGGCUGCUGCGGACUGCAGGUCCCCUUCAACAGCUUCUGCCCGUCGCGCCGUCUUUCUCGGGAGCAGCAGCAGCAGCAGACUAUACGGCUGUUGCCAUCUCGGCAACAGGCGCGGUUUCUGGUUUGCACCUAGCUACUGGAAAGCUCCUUUGGAGGCUGUUACUCGGCGAAAACUGGCUGCUUCUGCAACAGCAACAAGUCGACCACUUGCUGGUGCUCCUGGCAGAUGUUCGGCAUCCUCUGGAAUCGGCGCAUGCAGCGAAUCCGGCAGCUUCAAACCCAGCUGUAGAGACACCCGCAGCAGCAGUCUCGACGCGCAGAAGAGGCACUCUGCAUGUCAUCGACUUGAAAGAAGGCGUCUUGCUGUGGAAGGCGGGGCACGACGUAAGCAGCUUCGCGCUUGCUUCUUCAGGAUCGGCAGUCUCAGCAGGAGCAGCGAGACAUGGCCGUACAGCACAAGCCUUCGUUGUUGCAACGGAGACACCUCGAGGACUGGAAGCCAGAGACGCCUCCUCAGGGAGCGUCUUGUGGGCAAAGGUCCUUAACUCUGGCAGCGACAGCAGCAGCGAAAACGGCGAAGCUUUAGGCUUGGUAGCCGUUCAGCAGCAGCAGCGGCUGCAGCAGCAGCAAGGGGGGAAGCCACAGACGCUUUUUUGCGUGUUACAGCAAAAAGCUCUCGAGGGGCCUCUUGGUAGCAGCUGCUUCCACGCAUUGGACGGGCAGCAGCUGCAGCCGCAAGAGCAGACGCAGCUGCAGCAACAACAGCGUCAGCAACAACAAACACAGCAACUUGGUCGACAAGCAUUCUCCGAGGCUGUCUCCCUAGUACCCCUCGAAGAUAACUGCAUUGCUCUGCAAACCCCAGCGGGAGCCUACUUUCUGCAUUUCUCAGCCUCCGGUUCUGUAGACGCGACGGAAGCUCUCGAAGUUGAAGCCCUCUCUUUGCUGCCUCUGGGGAAGUGCACUUCUCUCGCAGGCACGGCUGUUGUAGGAUACGAGGAGGGCACUGGCUUUACACAGAAGCGCAUUCAGGUAAGCGUGUGCGACGCAAGCUUCUUGGUCGAAGUGCUCGGAUGCGCUGUGCAGAGUGCUGAGGGGAGCAGUUUGAAGGGUGGGAGUUUUGCUCAGGCCCUACAGAGCGGAGAGUGGAUUUUGGCACCCCUUCGAGAAGAUGGCUCAGAGAAGCAAAACCAGCGUGCAGUUGCUGUGCGACUUUUCGGAGAAGUGGUGGAGGCGAAGCUGCUUGAUCUAAGAGCCGGCACAGAAAAACCUUUUCUUAAAGAGGCUUUGCCAGCAGCGCUAACGGCAACGGUGGGGUCGGUUGGCAGUGCGUUGGGGGGGGGGCCUACAGUAGCAGCAGCGUUGGCGUUUGCUGCUGACGCACAGCAGCACGAGCAACUGCUCUUGCUGCUGUCGGAUUUCUCCGUCUUGAAUCUGCAAAAGGGGCAAGGCGUCUCGUGGGUGAGAGAGGAGGGGCUCAGCCUCAUCACGAACGCUGUCAUGGGUGCUUUGCCGAUUCAGCAGGAAGCCUCGCAAGACACGGAGGCAGGCGCUCCCGCUUCAUGGGGGCUCGUACUACAGGCAGCGACAGCUGCCGCAGGUGCAGCAGUGGAGGAAGCUACCACGAUCGCAGCAGCAGUCGCUACAGCUGUUGGUGACGCUGCUUCAGAAGCGGCUGCUACCCUGUUUGCGAAGGGUGUGGCAUUCGCUGCUGCGAUCCUUGGAAGGCCGCUCGCUCCCGAGGAGAACACCACUGCUACAGACAGCGGCCUUCUUUCACCGCAUUUCAACUUCCAGCUUCCAGCGGCUCUCAAAUUGCAGGUCUUAGGUCUGCAGCCGCAGCAGCACCAGCAGGUGUAUGAGCAGCCGCUGGUGCUGCACAGGAAACUGGAAGCAGAGAUGCGGGCGAAGCGCAAUGCUCGACUCUUUGGAUGGCGUAACAUCAUUGUAGCGGCCAGCUGCAACAAUUUGGUGUAUGGACUCCACGCAGCAACAGGUUUGGUGUUGUGGAAGCUGCAGCUCCCAAGCGGUGGUAGCUCUACGUGUUGUUGUUUGAAUAUGCUGCGCAAUAGCAACAGUCACCUGGUUGCGCGUUCGGAAGCGAACGGCAACGUAAAUUGGGUGCACCCCGAGGGUCAGUGCAAAGGCGCACAGCAAGAACAGAAGGAGGAAGGAUGCCAUUGGCGAUUGGUGUCUCUUGAGCUUGUGGGGUUGCAUAAAGGGACAGUUUUUGUGGCGCUUGUUAAUCAAACGGCUCAGGCGACAGAGCUGUUUUGGAUAGAUCUUGGCACGGGAGUCGUGCAGCAGCAGGAGCGAGCACCCUUUGCUGCCAUCGGGGUACUCCCACUGCAGCACUUGGAGUUGCAAGACGCAGCAGCAGCAGCAGGAGCAGCGGCAGCGGAAGUUGUGGCAGCACCAGCGGAUGCGCUGCUGCAGCGACAGCAGCACAGCGGCAGCGCCGUGGUGUUAAUGCACAGGGAGCAGCAGCGGGGGAAAAGGCUGCGUCUCUCCCUAGUUGAUCCGCUUCAGCAGUUGACGGCUUCGCAGCAGGUUACCCACAGCAUCCCCCUGCCUCUCGCCGACUUGAUGACAUCCCGCCUGUCCUUUUACAUGGUCAAUGAAUGCAGUGGCAGUGUCGAGGGGUUUGUGCCUGUCCCCCUCGCUCCUCCAACAGGGGAAACGGUGGAGAUGGAGGUGCAGCUCACGUGGUCUGUGAACUUCGCAGCAGAGAAGCAGACGAUCCUCACCGUGGCCGCUUCCAUGCAACGUUCUCUGCGUCAAGUGCCGGUGUUUGUGCACGCCGACGUUUCUGUUGGCUAUAAGCAUAUCGAUCCUAACCUCCUGGCAGUUGUAACUGCUGAGGAGGGCGUGGGAGGUGCCUUGGUGCUGCACUUGUUGAAUGGCGUGUCUGGGCAACUUGUUCAUCAGCAAGUCCUCUUCAGUGGGGCUUCGAAGCCUCUCACAGUAGCUGUCUGCGAGGACUCAGUGUACGUUCACUUUUGGAAUAUUUUCGAUGCUCGGUUCGAGCUCCUUGUUGUCAGUCUCACGGAAAAUAGACCAGAUCCUGGUCCGUUAGGGCUAAUCUUCCCAUCUUCCAGAAGGAGUCCCCAUAAGUCAGGCUUUAGUUUGGGAAUGCCCUCGGGAGAAGCACGAAAUUAUAUUUUGCCCUCCAGUGUAUCUGCACUUGGAAUUACGGCUACGGCCCAGGGCAUCACCCCCAAAGCACUGGUCUUGGCAAGCGCCAGCACGCAGCAGAUCUAUCUUCUUUCCACCCGCCUUGCUAGUGCAAAGCGUCCCCUUCCUGCCGUACCAGGAGGAGUGCCGUCAGACGCUGCUGCUGCGGGGGGGAUACCGGAUGGAAUGAUUGGCUACACCCCAAUCUUGCCUCUGAACCCUGCGGAUUCUCUCACCUACGGCAGGACUGUGGCUCAUGUUCGAGGUGUACACUCCGAGCCGUCGGAAAGGGAGUCUUCCUCUCUAGUGUUUGCCUUCGGCAUGGACCUCUUUUUCUCCCCUGUGCAGCCUGCCGGGGGUUUCGACGUGCUCUCUCCCUCCUUCCCCUUUUCUUCUCUGCUGUUGGCUUUUGCAACCCUUGCUGCAGCCGCAGCUGCUGCAGACUACACGAAAAAGAGCAAUGCUCUGAGCUCCAAAUGGGCAUAG